CCUCAGGUUCUCUCUCUCUCUCUCUAAAUCUCUGUCUUCUCUGUCUCUUCCCUGUACCUCUCUCUCAUCACGCGUUGAAUUUAUGCUUUAGAUUCUUCUCGCAGUCUCCACUUGUGCAUUUGAUUUCUCACCUGCUCGUCCCCAUCGAUCGACAUCAGCCAGGUAAAUUUCUCCCAUUUGUAAGAAGGAGUCCAACACAUACACAUCACAGAUAAAGAAAACACCCCACAUUGAUAAAAGAUUGAAAAAAGGAAAACUGUGGUGUUGUUUUUCUGUAUAUUGGGUUCAAUGGAGGUGGCCCUUCAUGGUUUAAAAGUGUUGGAAACUGUGAAUCGGGCGCUGGGGCAUUGAGAUUUUGAGGCUUGUGUAUUAUAAGCUUUUGGCCAUGGACACCAAUGGCCGUCUGGUUGCUGGUUCUCACAAUAGAAACGAGUUCGUAGUCAUCAAUGCAGAUGAGCCGAAGCCAUUGAGAGAAUUGAGUGGACAGACAUGUCAGAUUUGUGGCGAUGAGAUUGAGAUAACAGUGGAUGGAGAGGCAUUUGUCGCAUGUAAUGAAUGUGCAUUCCCUGUGUGUAGACCAUGUUAUGAGUAUGAGAGACGAGAGGGAAAUCAGGCCUGCCCGCAAUGUAAAACCAGAUACAAGCGUCACAAAGGUAGCCCUAGGGUGGAAGGGGAUGAGGAAGAAGAAGAUGUAGAUGAUAUUGAAAAUGAAUUUGAUUUGGGCGGAUGGGAUUGGAGAGAUUCACAAUGUGAUGCAGCGGCUAUAUUUCAUGGUCGACUCAACUUUGGGCGUGGGAGUGAUGGAGGAGCUGGGAUAGAAGCUCGGCCUUUGGAUUCUGUUACUCCUGGUGUCCCUCUUCUCACAUAUGGACAGGAGGAUGCUGGAAUUUCACCUGAUCAUCAUGCUCUUAUUGUACCUUCGCUUAUGGGUCGUGCCAAACGCAUACAUCCGAUGCCAUGUCCUGAUCUAUCGUUGCCACCAAGACCCAUGGAUCCUAACAAGGACUUAGCAGUGUAUGGUUAUGGAAGUGUGGCAUGGAAGGAUCGUGUUGAGGAGUGGAAGAAGAGACAAGAUAAGCUGCAGAUGGUUAGACACCAAGGUGGGGGUGGAGGCGGCUCUGAUGCUGAUGCCCCAGAUGAUACUGAAUUUCCUGGGUCAGAUGAAGGUAGGCAACCUCUCUCUAGGAAGUUGCCUAUCCCUUCCAGCAAAAUCAAUCCGUAUAGAUUGAUUAUCCUGCUCCGGCUUGUGGUGCUCGGCUUCUUCUUCCAUUAUAGGCUUCUUCAUCCUGUUUCAGAUGCAUAUGGUCUAUGGCUUACAUCAGUUAUUUGUGAAAUAUGGUUUGCUGCAUCAUGGAUUUUGGACCAAUUCCCAAAGUGGUAUCCCAUUGUACGAGAGACAUAUCUGGACCGUUUGUCCUUAAGGUAUGAGAAAGAAGGGAAACCCUCAGAGCUAGCAGAUAUAGAUAUCUUUGUGAGUACAGUGGAUCCCUUGAAAGAACCGCCGCUAAUAACAGCAAACACUGUAUUAUCGAUUCUUGCUGUGGACUAUCCCGUAGAGAAAGUUGCAUGCUAUGUAUCCGAUGAUGGUGCUGCUAUGCUUACCUUUGAAGCUCUUUCAGAAACAUCUGAAUUUGCAAGGAAGUGGGUCCCAUUUUGCAAGAAGUUCAGUAUUGAGCCCCGGGCACCAGAAUGGUACUUUGCUCAGAAAAUUGAUUAUCUGAAAAACAAAGUUCAUCCGGCUUUCGUGAGAGAGAGACGUGCGAUGAAGCGUGAGUAUGAAGAGUUUAAGGUUCGUAUCAAUGGGUUGGUUGCCAUGGCUCAGAGGGUUCCUGAAGAUGGUUGGACCAUGCAAGAUGGAACUCCAUGGCCUGGGAAUAAUGUCCGGGACCAUCCUGGGAUGAUACAGGUUUUCCUUGGCCACAAUGGAGUUUGUGAUGUCGAAGGCAAUGAGCUACCUCGACUUGUUUAUGUCUCACGUGAGAAGAGGCCUGGAUUUGAUCACCACAAGAAAGCAGGUGCUAUGAAUGCUCUGGUUCGGGUCUCAGCAAUUAUAUCCAAUGCUCCGUACCUUUUGAACGUGGAUUGUGAUCAUUAUAUAAAUAACAGCAAGGCCAUUCGAGAGGCCAUGUGCUUCAUGAUGGACCCAACUUCGGGGAAGAAAGUUUGUUACGUGCAGUUCCCUCAGAGGUUUGAUGGAAUUGAUAGGCACGACAGAUAUGCAAACCGCAACAUUGUGUUUUUUGAUAUCAACAUGAAGGGGCUUGAUGGGAUUCAGGGCCCCAUUUAUGUGGGAACAGGCUGUGUUUUCAGAAGACAAGCUCUCUGUGGAUAUGAUGCUCCUCUUAAGGUAAAGCCCCCAGGAAAGACUUGCAACUGUUGGCCAAAAUGGUGCUGUUUAUGCUGUGGAUCUAGGAGGAAAAACAAUAAGGUGAAGCCGAAGGAGAAGAAGAAGACAAAGCGAAGAGAGGCUUCUCCACAGAUACAUGCUUUGGAAGAUAUCGAGGAGGGGAUUGAAGGAAUCAACAGCAAAAAGUCGUCCUUGAUGUCACAGAAAAAGUUUGAGAAAAAAUUCGGGCAAUCCCCUGUUUUUAUUGCAUCUACUCUCCAAGAAAAUGGUGGGAUACCCCCUAGUGUCAGCUCUGCGUCACUCUUGAAAGAAGCCAUUCAUGUCAUUAGCUGCGGUUACGAGGAUAAAACUGAGUGGGGAAAGGAGGUUGGUUGGAUAUACGGGUCAGUUACUGAGGAUAUCCUUACUGGCUUUAAGAUGCACUGCCAUGGUUGGAGGUCUGUUUACUGCAUACCUUCAAGACCAGCAUUCAAGGGGUCAGCUCCAAUCAACCUCUCAGACCGUCUCAACCAAGUUCUUCGUUGGGCACUUGGGUCUGUUGAGAUCUUCUUGAGCAAACACUGCCCCAUAUGGUAUGGUUAUGAUGGUGGCUUGAAAUGGUUGGAGCGUCUCUCUUACGUCAACUCAGUUGUGUACCCAUUUACAUCUCUUCCCUUGAUCGCAUACUGUACGUUACCAGCAGUUUGCCUUAUCACUGGGAAAUUCAUCAUCCCUGAGCUUAGCAACUAUGCGAGUAUAGUGUUCAUGGCCCUCUUCAUCUGUAUAGCUGCUACAGGUGUGCUAGAGAUGCAGUGGGGUCAUGUGGGGAUCGAUGAAUGGUGGAGAAAUGAACAAUUCUGGGUGAUUGGAGGUGUCUCGUCUCACCUUUUUGCCCUCAUCCAAGGUUCGCUCAAGGUUCUUGCUGGUGUUGACACGAGCUUCACUGUUACAUCCAAAGGAGGAGACGAUGGGGAGUUCUCUGAUCUCUACCUCUUUAAAUGGACUUGGCUUCUCUUACCUCCCAUGACAAUACUCAUAAUUAACAUUAUUGGGGUAGUAGCUGGCCUUGCCAAUGCAAUCAACAAUGGCUAUGAGUCGUGGGGCCCACUGUUUGGGAAGCUCUUCUUUGCAUUUUGGGUAAUUGUUCAUCUCUACCCUUUCCUCAAGGGUAUGAUGGGGAAACAAAACAGGACACCCACCAUCAUUGUGGUGUGGUCCAUCCUAUUGGCCUCUAUCUUCUCCCUCUUGUGGGUUCGGAUCAAUCCUUUCCUAGCCAAAUCAGAUGGGCCUUUGUUGGAAGUGUGUGGAUUGGAUUGCGAUUAAGUCAGAGAGGUGAGCGUAUGGGGAAGAAUUAUGGUUUCAUGACCACAAGAGUGGUGGACGAGCUAUUUUUUGCAGAAGGGUUGAUGAUUCUUAGGCUGACCAGGUAGUGGUUUGGCCUGUGUAGAUAAAGAGAAAGAUGGCUGACGGGCUCUGAUUUUUAAUUUGGUUGUUGUUCCAUUUAUUCUUUGGUUAUAUAUAAUAUAUAUAUAUAUGUAUGUCUCGUCAAAUUUCAAAAAGGUCAAGAGAAAUUAAGUGAUGGUUUCAUGAGUUCUUAGAGUCUGCAAUUGUAAGAACAAUUACGUUUGGCCCCUGUGGGGUGAUAAUUAUUUCUUCUCAAUAAGGGCAGGUUACAUAGAGUUAUCGUCUUAGAGUUGUUCCUUUGGGUUAUGGAUAUUAAUUUUUGGGGGAUUUGUCAUCAGAGCCAGUACCACAUUGGAAUGUGUUUUGCGAUGGAAAAUGCUGUCUUUUUGUAUUGCUUGCA